CCAAUCCCUAGAUUUUCACCCAAUCCCCAGAUUUUCACCCAAUCCCCAGAUUUUCACCCAAAAUCCCUAGAUUUUCACCCAAUCCCCAGAUUUUCACCCAAUCCCCUAGAUUUUCACCCAAUCCCCAGAUUUUCACCCAAUCCCCAGAUUUUCACC